AUGGAGCCGGGCAGAGCUCGGAUGAACCGACGGACCUCUGGCCGAAAGGAAGAUCCCAGCGGGUCAGGCUCCAAGUACGCCCCGCUGCUGCUGCGUAGGCGAAACAGCCGGUGCAGCCUCUCUGGGAAACAACAGCCGCACCGCACGCUGCCAACCUUCCCGGCAGGCCACGGGCGGCGCGCCAACGCCCCCUCGCCGACGCCCCUUCUGCCCAGACGCCGUCUGGGCCCGGGACACCCGGGCACCCGACACCCACGACGGCCCGAAGACCCGGCCCAGCGCGCCACGCCCGGCGGCGGACCUGCCGUCCAUCGCCCGCGCGCGCCCCGGCCCCCGAGCCCCGAGCGCGCCUCGCGCCCGCCGCCCCCAAACCUCGCCGCCCCCUCGGCGGCCUCGGCUCAGCACCCGCGCCCGCCGCCCCCAAACCUCGCCGCCCCCUCGGCGUCCUCGGCUCAGCACCCGCGCCCGCCGCCCCCAAACCUCGCCGCCCCCUCGGCGGCCUCGGCUCAGCACCCGCGCCGCGCCCCCGCGGGGACGAGGCCCGCGAUGUGUCAUCCGUACCCCCCCACCCCCCCACUCCGUGUGAAUGGAACGAUCCGGGGAUCCGGGACGCACCCCAGGGGUUCAAAAACCGGCCGGGUGCCCGUCGGCUCACGCGGGGACCCCUCGCCGCUCACGCCGCCGAGAGCCGAGGAUGGGGGUGCGAAGCCAGCCCGGGCGGCAAAGCCUGGGCGGCUCAUCCCGACGUGUGACCGUCCACAAGCCGGACGCGGAGGUUCCGGCGGCGCGGUACCCGCUGUCAGUGGGAAAGCUCAGGGACAGGCUUCGGGCCCCGAGUUCGAGCCCCCGUAG